AGACCUAAAUCAGCUUUCCUACCUGCCAGCAUCCUAGUGGCAAGUCUUACUCCUACCCGCAGUAUGGGAUUUUAAGAUCAAAGGAAUUAGACCUAGGGCAAAAACUGAGACAGCAGGGAGGCAUUGUAACAACUGGGAAGUUUUCCAAAUUGGUAAACUUGCAGCAUUCUUUCUGUACAGAAGUAAAAGAUCCCCUAUGUCCCUGUGGAUAUCGGCAAGGAAAAGCAUCUCAACAUGGCACUUCAAAUUAGCAAUUUCAAAAAGGCUUUGAACGGGUUUGAAAGAUUGGUUGAACAAACAGCAGCCCAGAAAAGAAAUGAAAGAGCAGGCUUAUUUAUCCAUAAAGAAGAUGCAAUUGAUUAUGACAAGUUUUAUGCAUCAGUACAGAAGCUCUUUGGUCCAGAUGUGAAGGAUCAAGAUGUGAAACGCUUUUACAGGAAACUGUGCAACAACACGGACACAUCUGCAGACUGGUGUGAGAUCUUUGGAUACUUCUCCUCUGAAGAAGAUCCUAUUACUUCCCAGUUGGAUGAAGAAAAUUUGGUUUUCUUUGUGUCUAGAAAACGGCGAAUUUUAAUUUCAGGUAGUAGAAGACGAGAUGUGAUUAAGAGCAUUGUCAAGAUACCUCACCUGGAUUUACUAAUAACAGCUACUCAGAAAGGAUUAAUAACAGUUUUUAAUAACCAGAUGAGAGUUCAGACCAGCACCAAUGUUACAGACACCUCCUGGAUUACAGGGUGUGAUUACCUCUUGCAGCUGAAACGAAUCGUAGCCACAACAGAAAGGACCAUUAUUGUCUGGGAUUAUAAAGCUCAAGGGAGCAGCCAGGAAAAUUAUUUUGUCAUCAAGCCAAUGGAUCACUGCCUCCUGUGUGUGUGUGUGGUGCCUUUGCCUGACCAUCUCUGCCAAGAUGACAUCCUCCUGGGGGAUGAUGGGGGUUUUGUGAACAGAUUCACAGUCAACAGUGAUGACUUUGGAAUAAAGCAGGCAAGAUCCAAAAGAAAAUUACAAAAUCAGGCCUUAGACUCAAAGAACUUUAAAAGUGUUAAAAGGAAGCUACAUAAUGACUGGGUUAUGAAAAUUAGAUAUAUUUCAGCCCUAAAUUGUUUUGGAUCCUGCUCCUUAGACAGUAAUCAUUCAUUAGUUUUGGAAUCCUUGAAGAGACUCGAGGAUAAUUUGCCCGUCCGAGAGUUUUCCAUGCCAAGAGGAGCGAACACUUUUUGCUACUGUGUUAAAGCAAAUGUGAUUGUCACUGGAGGAGACGAUAAAGUCAUCCGGUUGUGGCACCCCAAUAUCAGCACCAAGCCAGUGGGGAAACUUGUGGGACACAUGUUCAGUAUCACUGAGAUCGUAACCAAUGAAAAAGACCAACACAUCGUCAGCCUUUCCUCUGCAAAGGUUUUCAGGGUGUGGGAUAUACAAACUCUUUCACUAUUACAAGUCUUCCAUGACAGCCAGGGAGGGCCAGGAGACAUGCAGAUUUACUCUAUGAUAUAUGAUGCCAAUCACGGCAUGCUUAUUACGGGAUCUAGUGUUAUGGACAUGUAUCCUUUGACUAGGAUGAUACAAGAUACCAAACAGGUUCCUCACACUCAUGAACGAGAAAUCAAUGUCAUGCUUUACAACAAAUAUUUUCACCAAGUACUCACUAUCUGCUCUGAAUCCAUAAUUAGGGUAUGGGAACUUGAGACUGGGCUCCAAGUAUACCAGAUUUUAGACCCUCAUGGUUUCAAUAUUGAAGUGACUUCUGCAGCUGUCGAUGAAAGUGGAUUCCUUUUUGCCACAGGAGCAUAUAACGGAACAGUCAGAAUCUGGGACUUUGGCAGUGGGCAGGAGAUGAAAGUGUUGCCGGAGGGGAAAGACUGGAAGGAGGAGGAGCACUGCCUACAACGCCUCAUUUUCCUCAAAGCCCAAGAAAAACACCAGCAGCUGGUCUUGGCCUUGGAGCGCAACGGGACUAUCAAAAUGAUCCAGGGUAAGGAAGAUGAUAUCUACCUCAUGGUGAUCUGGGAGCUGCCCGAUGUUGUGCCUUUCCUACAAGAUGGGAAACAUGCUGUGCAUCUGAGAAUGUCUACUAGAGACAGGAACAUGGCUAUUCCUUUCCCAGAUGUCGAGUUAAUAGUUGAGAGGAAUGUUUCUCAACCUCCUAAUAAUCCCGCCAUGGAUUCAUUACGAGUGAACUGCAUUGAUUUACUACAAGUAGAAGGGUAUAAUUUGAUAGCAGCUGGAACCUUAAAUGGUGUGAUCAUCUUAUGGAAUUUUGUGACGUCUACUGUCAAAGAAGUGUGCCGACCUGAAGAUUGCUUCCCUGUAAACCCGGACUUGCAUCCCAAGCACUUUAAAAUUAAUGACAUACUGUUCCUCUUUCGUACCCCUGAAUGUGCAAGGAGAUCAAGUCAGGAUUCCAUAUGUUCUUCGUCCCAGUGUGAAUCCAGCAAAGGUCCACAGAGCAGUAAGGGAAGCAAGCAAAGCAUACAUGACAGUGAGGUUAAAGGUGAACAAACAGAUGUCAUGGUGGGAGAACAACAGCCAGUGGACAAAAAACACCCUGGAAGUGCCAAUUUACCAGAAGCCCAGCCACCUAUCCUUGUCACUGCUCAUGAGGACGGACACCUCCGCUUGUGGACUCUGGAGGGAAGACUACUGAAAGACAUGCUACCUUUCACAAAAUAUUCUGCCAUCUCUCUGACAUCGCUGUAUACUGAUUCAUGUACGAGGAUACUACUGGCUGGAAAUGUGGAAGGACAUGUUAUCCUUUGCAAUAUUAGCUCAUUCCUGGAUCCACCUCAUGAUGAAAAGAAAUUCAAGCAGCUGCUUUCCUGGCGUGCUCAUUCUUUGGAAAUUAUUCAAGUAAUCUAUGUAGAAGAAAAACAAGUGGUACUUACUGCCUCCAUCGAUGGCUCAGUAAGGCUCUGGCAUGCCCUCAACGGACAUUAUUGUGGCUAUUUUGGACAGCGAAGGCUCUUUGAAUUAUCACAGACAAGUGAUUUCAUUUUGCCUUGUGAUGUUACUGAAUAUCCCAUUGAAAUAAAAGAAGAAAGCAAGUUCACAGAGAAGCAAAAAUAUGAAUAUCCUCUGAUAUUUGACCGGGAAAAAUGGAGAAAAAUGAGCUCAAUGUCUUUGCUUUUCAAACGUACACCUCCCAAGGCCUUUGAAGUGGAACAGGACUUCAAGUUUUUCAAGUCUCUUUCUUCUCCUAAGAUUCGAAGAUAUCCCUUGGAAGGUUUUGUGACUGAAAACAGAGAGGCAGGGAUUGUUUUUGCCUCUUUGCCUAUAUACAGGAUAUCAAGCCCCACUAGUCUGAGAUUUCUUCCACUGAUUGGUGUAGAAGCCCAAAAGGACUCUUCAGAUGGCAUUCCAGGAAAGAAGAAGGGAGGUCAUGUUCAACAUGAAAAAGUAUCACGAAGAAGAAGUUUGAAAAAAAAUUUAGUCCCACAAAUAAAUCUGGCUUCUUCCUUCUUCCCAGCUAUACCCAAGUAAGAAGAAAAAAUCAGAAAUGGCUGCUGCACAUAAAAUGGCAACGUUUGGAUGAUACCUCCUCUUUAUUUCAGGAUGAGAGGCAGAAACCAGCAGACACUAUCAGUCAUUUCUGGUGUCAGGCCAUCCUACUGAUGGGGAAGAUUCUUUAGGGAGUUCUGGUGACCUGAAUACCAAGCAAGGAGCAAGCAGCCAGAAGUUUAGCCAGUGUUUCUCAUUUACUAUCAGCAGACUGACACAUAAGAAAACAAAUGAAAUCAACAGCAUUGGUAGGUCUAAAAUCAUAUGCUUAUCAAUGUUUAGCUUUCCACUUCCUCCCACCGGUAACCUUACUCCAGAGCCAGAAUGACUGUCAGGACAUGUGCAGUAAGAGGCACUUUCAGGUCAUGCUAUGUGUUGUACCAAGAGAAUUAUUAUUAAAAAGAAAAAUGCGCCAGUCAGAUCUCCAGAUGUUUGUCUUCUUCAUUUAGAGAACUAUUAUCUGGAAGAAAAUGUCCUAAGUUUAUUCACACGUAGUCCAGACAUGACUUCAGAUAAAUAUAAAAGGCGGCAAAGAAAGGAAGAAAAAUGGGUCAAGAAAUAGAAAAAGCAUAGUAACAUGGUAGAUUUAACCUUAAAUAUAUCAAUAAUUAUGAAACCUUUAAUAGGUUAAGUAUGCAAAUUUAAAAGGUUGCCAGAAUGGAUUAAAACACAAAAUCCCAACUAAAUGUUGUUUAUAAUAAACACAUCUAACAUACAAGGACACCAAAAUCUUAAAAGAAUGAAAAAAGAUAGACGAUGCAAAAUCUAACCGAAGAAAAUCAAUAUAGUCAUAUUAAUAUUAAAAUACACUUUAAGAAAAUAAACAAGAGUCUUUAUAACAGUUUUAUUAAUAAUAACUCAAAAUUGGAAAAAGCCUAGCUUCCACAACAGAAGAAUGACUAAACAAACUAUGGUAGGGUAGGACAACGGAAUCCUCAGCAAUUAAAAGGAAUAAAAUGCUAAUGCAUGCAUUAACAUAGACCAAUCUCAAGAAUAUGUUAAGUCAAAAGAACUUUUCAGAAAGAAUACAUGUUGUAUGAUUCCAUGUUUAUAAAAUUCUACAACAGGGAAGACUAAUAUUCAGUUUACAAAAUUAAAACAAUGGUGGCCUCUGGGAGAGAGGGCAAAUGUCACAGAGAGAUUUAGAGAUUUAGAAGGGGUACGAAAGAACUUUCUGGGUUGAAUGGCAAUGUUUUUCAUUUUAAUAAUGUUUGGGUUAUACAGCUAGGCGUGCAUUUCAAAAUUUAUUGAACGAUAUUUCUGCAUCUCAUUGUAUGUGAAUUUUUUCAAAAAAUUAAGAACUGUAAACUAAUAUUCUCAUUGAUAUGCAUGCUAAUAGGAUUACUAGUGUCUUCAACUUACUUUGAAAUGAAUCAAAAAAAUAAGAUGAACUAAUGGAUAGAGGGAUGGGCUGAUAGAUGGAUAUGUGUUAGAGCAUAUCUACAACCACAUUAAUUAUGGAAUCUAGGUGGUAGGAAUAUAGGUAUUCAUUAUGGAAUUCUUUCAAAUUC